GGUCCGCCGUUUCUGGUGUAAAAUGGCGCCUUGAGAAAUGAGUUGUUGAGAAAAAAAAAACAACUACAGUUGGCCAUCUGACGAAAAUAAAGAACACUAAAGAAUAAAGCAGCUCCCGGGGAAACGUCGGUAGCGUUAAGCCCCCCCGUUCACUCGAAGAGGAGCGACGUUUCCAGGGCAGAGAAGCGCGUUUGAGGAAGAGAGAUUCCACCUGAAGAAGACGACGCUGCCACCAGCCAUGAAUAACUCCCUGGACGGAUCAGGCUCCUACGAGGAGCUUGUGAGGCAGAAAGCUCGGAGCAUCCCUCAGCAUCGCAUGAAGGAGUUCCUUGAAUCCUUGGCCAGCAAGGACCCCGAUGCCCUGCUAGAGUUCAGCCAGCAAGGCGGGGAUACUGCGACCACCACCACCACCACCAUGGUCUACCAACAAGAGGCUAACUGCAUCUACACAGACAGCACAGAGGUGGCAGGGUCAUUGUUGGAGCUGGCCUGUCCGGUUCAGCCGCAGCAGCAACAGCUACAGGAGUCUCAGCAGCAGACUGAACAUCAGAAUGCAGAGCAACAGAUAGUUCAGGUGCCGAUUCAGGGCCAGCUGCAAGGUCAAAUGCUUGGUCAGGUCCUGCAAGUGCCCUCUGGCUCACAUCAACAGCUCCAGGGCGUGACUACUGCACAGCUGAUUCAGGCCGGCGAUCUCACUGAAGAGCAGCAUCAACAGCUGCAAGCCCAGUUGGUGGCCGCGGUUGCAGGAGGACAACAGAUCCAAAUCCAGACAGUGGGGGCCAUGUCUCCCACCCAGCAGCAAGACAGUAUCGAGACGAGAGUCCUGGGGACCACCGUUGCCACAUCACAGGGAGCCGGGGUCCUUCAGCCCGCCAAAAAGCGUAAGGUUGACAUGCCCAUUACUGUGUCCUAUGCCCUGCCUGGUCAGCAAGUAGCCACAGUUCUGGCUAUCCCCCAGGGACAGGGACAGCAGCAGAGCUACGUGUCCCUUCGGCCCGACCUCCUAACCGUGGACAGCUCCCACCUUUACAGCGCCACCGGCACUAUCACCAGUCCCACGGGGGAGACCUGGACAAUCCCUGUUUAUUCUGCUCCCGCCGGAGGCCACGAGCAGGUCACGCACAUCGCCAUCCCCCAGGAGGCCUAUGGGACGGUGCAGGUUGCGGGGCCAAACACUACAGCGAUGAGCACAAUGCCAACGCACGUUACCGUUGAUGUUAACGACAAGCUGAAACUUCAAAGUCAGACGGCGCAGGCCGUUUCAAGCAUCACCAGCUCCGGCGGGAUGUGCGGCCAGGAAGAAGUGGUGCACACGCUGUCUGCGAACACGCUGUUCCCAGCGCAGCUGAUGAACGGAAACAUCCACAUCCCAGUGGCCGUGCAGGGCUACUCCAACACCACCCAGUCCCUCAUCUGGGAUCCGCAGCAGCAGGUGCUGCACACACAAGGACUGUCGGGGCAGGAAGCCCAGCAUCUGCAGGUGCUAACGCAGGGUCAGACGGUGGUAACGGAGAUCGAUGGCCAAGGCCAGCAACACGUGCAGGUGCAGGAGCUGCUGCUGCCGGCCACCCUGAAGCCAGAGGAAGGGCUGGAAGUCUGGCGGCUUUGGGCUCAGCGGAAGAACGCAGAGUUGGAAAAAUCCGACAAAAAUCAACUAGCCCCGAUUGGCCGACGCCAGGCACUGCGUUUCCAGGAGGACUUGGUGUCGUGCGCGGUAGCUGAGCUCUGCAUGGGUCUCUCUUUGAUGACCACGGAAGCUCGGGGGUUGGAGGAGGACUCUUAUGAGGCCGAUGUUCUCUACUAUGUAUUUCUGUGCAUACAAAAAUACCUGUUCGAUAACGGUCGCGUGGACGACGUUUUCUCGGACCAGUACUACACUCGCUUCGCUCACAGUCUGCACCGGAUCCUGGAGCCUUGGAGGUCGUCUGUUCAUCCGCUUGGUUAUAUAAUUCCCAGUCAUGUGACGGAGGAGAUGCUGUGGGAAUGUAAACAGCUGGGAGCUCAUUCUCCCUCCACGCUGCUCACUACUCUGAUGUUCUUCAACACCAAGUAUUUCCACCUGAAGACGGUGGAGCAGCAUCUAAAAGUGGCCUUUUCCAAAGUGCUGAGACACACGAGGAAGAGUCCCAACAACCCCAAAGACAAGAGCACCAGCAUCCGGUACCUGAAGUCCACGGAGCGCUUCAUCGGCCAGAAAGUCACAGACGACAUGUACUCGGAGCAGCUGGAGGACCCGGAGAACCCGCUGCGAUGCCCCAUCAAGCUCUACGACUUCUACCUCUUCAAAUGUCCGCAGAGCGCCAAAGGUCGCAACGACACCUUCUACCUGACCCCCGAGCCCGUGGUGGCUCCCAACAGCCCCAUCUGGUACUCCACGCAGCCCAUCUCCAACGAACAGCUGGAGCAGAUGCUCGCCCGCAUCCUCGCCAUCCGCGAAAUCCAGGAAGCCGUGAACAUGCCGGAGAGCGCGCACUAGUCGCGCAGGGGGAGGGGGGGGUGCCCAACUCCUCCCCCUCUCCUGGCUUCAGCCGGCCUUCGAUUGCUCGUGGUGACGGGCGGUUUCCUCUCCUCGCGCGCCCUCCUGUGGUCUCGCAGAGUGGCGCGUUCAUGUUUGUAUUCACCAUGCGGCGGCGUGUCUUACAUUCACACACUGUGCAGACAGCAGAUACUGAUUUGUCUUAUUUGAGCGACCUCUCGACCUUCUUCUCUUUUUUUUUUUUUUUGGCCAAAGAAUGUCCGGUCAUGUUAUUGACCCUGAACUCUAAUUUAAAUGUUUUUUUGAACAGUUGGUUCUCCUAUUUUUGUUUUUACCAGCAGUCUGAAAUGAUCAUUCGCUGUUUAGUUUUAAUCUGUAAUAUAUUUCUCAUAUAUUUUCCCCGGCUUGUGCCUGCGCUCUGCUGCUUUUCAUAGACAUCCUUUAUUGAUGCGCUUCCCCUCAUCUGCCUUGGUCACCGUUCAGUGUCACAGUGAAUACCUCACUGGGUGUUAAGACUACAUGAGUUAAAAAAACAUGGGAUAAAAGCCCAUUUUUCAAUCCUUUGGACCUGCAGAAACGAGCACUUACCACACGGUGGGGCGUUCUGGAAUGCUGCUGGAUCCCCACCCUCCCUCCCCCCGCUCCUCCCCCCCCGAGAACUCACUCGGAUGAGUUAUCUAUUGUAUCAUACAUGUGAAUACACGACAGAGGAACGACUCAGAAGUGGGUCAGCCCUUUUAUGUUGUGUAAUACUCGUCGCUCCUUGGUGGACUUAAUGGCUCGUCUGAAGGAGAACGGCAGUGCCUGUGUGUUUAUGAAAUAUGACCUUUUUUGUACAGCC